UCUGUUAGCAUGUGCAGCUUUAGCGUUUCAAUGGGGAGUUUCAACAGUCAGAGGUGAUUGCCCCAAGUUACCUUCCUUCCAGUUCACCCGGCCCACUUUCGAUUGGUGUACAAAACACUCAUCAUACGUCAAUGAAACCUGCAAUUUUGGUUGCGUAUAUGGGUACGCUUUAGAACAAGAUCGAGACUCUGUAUCUUUCCAGUUCGUAUGCCAACCUAAUGGAACUUGGAGUGGAAAAGCCCACAAAUGUGUGGAUAUACGUCGUCCAGAUAUGAACUGUCCUAGUGACAUAACAGUUAUUGCUAAGCCGGGUAGACCUUCAGAGGUGGUGUCCUGGAAAAUAGAGGUCGACGACAAUUCAAUUCCGGUUGAUCCUGAAGCCAAAGUCACAGUUCACUCCAGUCACGUGUCUCCUCAUAACUUUACGAUUGGUCGACAUUACGUUCAAACCACUGCCGCUGACAACAGAGGAAACAAAGCAGAAUGCUGGUUUCUAGUCAUUGUCAGAGAUCUAGAACCACCGACUUGUAGUUUCUGCCCGAGCGACAUUGUGAAAGAAGCCAACAGUCUUAAAGAAAGAGUGACUUGGAAGUUACCAAUCUGUUCAGACAAUUCUCACCUGCCUCCAAUCAUUCGGUCUAACCGACAGAAUGGAGACAUCUUUGGGGCUCCAGGAAAAUAUAAGAUCCAGUACACAGUGAAGGAUUUCGACUUCAAAGAACCAAACAUUUACACUGGAUGCUCUUUUAUGAUAACCUUAAAGAGAGCAAAAUGUCCUAAGUAUCCUCCCCCGAAGAAUGGUGCUCUUGUUUGUUUGAACCAUGCCGAUGACGGUUCGCAGAUAUUCUGUCAAGUUGCUUGUAAACAUGGAACCGAUUUCGUGACUAACCCUUCCGUUUUAUACGCAUGUCCCGCUAGUGGAGAAUGGCUACCUUUGGCUUAUCUUCCCAACACGAGCGGAAAACUACCGUGGCCAGAUUGUGCGAUGGGAGCUGGCCCUUCAACGAUGAAGACAUUUAGAGGUGGAAUAUCAGAGUUUUUUUAUAAUGCAAAUCAAAAGCCAUCUGAAGUUGAAAGGGAACUGAAAGACAACUUUUUAAAGUUGGCUCAAGGCAAAUUAGUUUCCCCAUUUCUUUGCAAGAUGAAGAAUUACUGUAAGUCGGAAAAUGUUCGCGUAUACGUAUGACAUUAGUCUCUAAGUAACAUAAGAGCAGCUGCGUGGUCUGUCGGCA